CCCCCUCCGUGCUCCCCCCUACCCUACCUCCAUAUGACGAGACUAUAGCCACUAUAUGGGGCUCUUUUUGCAGUGUACGGAGUAAUAAGUGUUUGUUGUGUUUUGCCUCCUGUGCUAGAUCCCCGGAACAUCAAACGAUGAUGAACAACCAUAAAACCAACAAGAGUGAAACUCGACGACGACGACAAAUAUUCUUUUUGCAAGGGCAACCAACUGUCCAUAGGCGAAGAAAAGGCCUCCUCGCAACCACCCCCCGCCAAGUGUUCACAUUGAUGAUUAAUGGUUUUAUCUGUUGGGAAGUCGGGGCCAACAACUUUCAGGGCCCGGCCAUCAAGAGACUCAGACGACAUGUUGAACGCCUCGACGGAGAACACGUCGUCGACUUCUCAAGAAAGCUACUUACUUCGCGGUGUCGUAAAAAGAGAAAGAAAAAAAAAAAGAAAAAAAAAAAAAAGGUCAGAUGGUUUUUUGUGUUGAUGGGCUGGCCGAGAGCAACCAGUCAGAGGGGCAAGUCAACUAAAACUCUACGAGAAAAAGUUAGGACGAACGAACGAGUGACAAGAAGAAAAAUUCAAUCAAGCCUUUGUUGGAAGGGUUCAUCAGUUUUGGACUUUUGGAGGGCGGGGAGAAAAAAGGGCUGUGCAAAAACUGCAGAAGAUGGGAAUUGGGUCUUUGCACUGAGGUAGGUGGUGUUCCUGCUCCUUCCCACCACCCCCCUCCGCGGCUGCAGACUGCGGUAGGCCGAAACGAAGUACGCGUACGUACGCAUGUUCCCUACUUUUGACAG